AAAAACUUUUAAUAAACCCUAAUUUUGAAAUCACCAGCGUACUUUUGCUCUGAGUGAUUCCGAGUUAACUCGCCGGCUCAGGGGAAUAUGUACGGAUCCGACAGAGCCGGUGACGAUGCAGAGCGAACAGCUUUUAGGAAAACAGAGAAGACGUACAAGCUUUAUUACGAAAAUUCGAAAUCCACCAAAAAGAAGAAGCAACCUAAACAAGUCGAUUUAUCAGAGGUUUUGGAUUUCAAAUCCAUUUCAGAGUCAUUCAAUCAAAAUGGUGAACUUCCUCCAGGAGUUGUACAUGUUAUUUGUGGAUUUGAUCGUCCGAUUUUUGGCUUGGAAAAUCGCCCUGGGUUCUAUUUUAUUCCCGGCGCAUUAACCUUGGAUGAACAAUGUACAUGGAUAAGGGAAAGUUUAACUAACUUUCCGCAACCUCCAAACAGAACAAAUCAUAAUGUUAUUUAUGGACCUAUAAGUAACCUGUUUGUUGCGGCAAAGGAAGGUAAAGUUUUUGUUGAGGAGGAAAGGUCUGACAACGGUUUGGAUUCUGAACCAAGUGCUUCUGUAAGCAAUGGAGAUUCUCAUAGAUGGAAGUUUUACGAGGAAGACAUCGCACGAUCAAGGGGAAAGACUUGCAAAACGGUGCCUGCUUCUGUUUUGCUGCGAAAGCUACGGUGGAGUACCCUUGGCCUUCAAUUUGACUGGUCCAAUCGGAACUAUGCCGUGUCUUUACCUCAUAACAAAAUACCAAAUGCACUCUGUCGGCUGGCUAAAAGAAUGGCUGAGCCUGCAAUGCCUAUUGGAGAAGAGUUCCGGCCAGAGGCUGCAAUUGUCAACUAUUUUGGGUCAGGUGAUACACUCGGUGGUCACCUUGAUGAUAUGGAAGCAGAUUGGAGUAAACCUAUUGUAAGCAUGAGUUUCGGCUGUAAAGCUAUUUUCCUUCUCGGAGGAAAGUCUAGACAGGAUGAACCAUUAGCGAUGUUUCUCCGAAGUGGCGAUGUUGUACUUAUGGCAGGAGAAGCAAGGGAAUGCUUUCAUGGUGUGCCUCGCAUAUUCACAGACGAAGAAAACGCAGAAAUCACUCCUCUUGAAUUACGGUUUUCGGACGAGGAUGAUCGUUGUUUCUUGGACUAUAUAAGAACUUCAAGGAUCAACAUCAAUAUCAGGCAAGUCUUUUAAUUUUAUUUUGAGCAAAAAAAGGAAAGGCCAUUUGAUUAUGCAUCUCUUUUCAAUUACUUAAAAGUUUAGUGUUUCAAAUUACUAGUCUAUCAUGUCUUAUGGCAUUUUCAAUCCAUGCUUUAAUCUGCUGGGUUAUUGAUUAUGUAAGUGUACGCAACAAUUUUGUAGGGAAAAGAACAAGGAAUUAUUUAGUAAAAUUUUUUGUUUCAACAA